AUGUCGAAGAGCUUAACUCAGCUUUUUGUUAGCAGAUUAUCAUCGUUCACCACAAAUGAACGCUUCAAGAAGUUAUUCUCUCCUUUUGGGUCAAUCACAGAAGCUAGAUUAGUAAUGGAUUCAAGAACUCAAAGGCCUAAAGGUUUUGGAUUUGUCACUUUUGAAUCUGAGAUUGAAGCUCAAAAGGCUUUGAAGGCUAUGAAUGGCAGGAUUGUUGAUGGGAGGCUAAUCUUUGUUGAAGUUGCUCAUACAUUAUUGCAUGGAGAAAAUGCUUCCUCCUCUUGAUGAUAGAUGAUAUUGUCUACUCUAGUAAAUUGUUUUUUAUUUACAGAAAUACAUCUGAGCGUUCUUUCUUCUUUUGCCCUUUUCAUCUGAGCGUCUGAUUCAUCAGAAUUAGAGUUGAUGUUCACAUAAACAAAUGUUACAUAAAUUUGAUUAUUUAGUAAUGUUUCUCCAUGUUGUUUUCAAUAGUAGUCCUUUUGGAACCAAAUGCAGUUGGUUGCUAAACUUUAGUUGAGGCUGAUAAUAUUUGCUUUGGGGUAUUCAAACCAGGAAGAAAGAUAAUACAUUGCUGAAAGAUUGUUUUUUAAUUUAUUUA